AUGCGUAAGGGCAAAGCUCCAGGUUCUGAUGGUUUUCCUAUAGAAUUUUUUCAGGAAUUUUGGGAUAUUAUUAAUUUGGAUUUUUUGGAGGUGGUCCGGGAAUCUCUUGAGAGGCUCAAAAUCUGCCUCCCUUCUUUGAUUUCAGAGGAGCAAGGGGGUUUUGUGGCAAGAAGGCAAAUUUUGGAUGGGGUGGUGGUUGCUUCUGAAGCCAUUCGUUCCGUGGCAACUUCUAAGGAGAAAUCUAUGUUUAUUAAACUGGAUAUGGCUAAGGCUUAUGAUAGAGUUAAGUGGGGCCUUCGCCAAGGGGAUCCUCUGUCCUCCUAUUCGUUUAUUAUUAUGGCUGACAGCCUUGGUAGAUUUCUGAAGUCUCAAGUUUCCCAUGGCAUAAUUCAGGGGUGGAGUUGGGGUAAUGGGCUGUCGAGGUUUUCCCAUCUCCAGUUUUUGGAUGAUACCGCUCUUAUGGGGAUUGCUCACCUUCGGGAACCUGAUUCAUUUACGCAGGUGUUGGAUAUCUAUUUAGCUACUUCAAGCCAAAAAGUCAAUGAGCAUAAAUCUUUUAUUUUCUUUUUCAACACUCCAGAACCUUUCAGAAAAGGAUUGCUAAUAUUUUGA